AAAGCCACAUCCGGAAGUCAGGUCGUCUUGGACGCAGUAGUUAGCUUGAUGCUAGUGUGAAAAGCACACGAUUGCUUCUGAAGGACGGAAAGAAACACAGUAGCUUCCCGGAACACUUUUCCGUCUUUUCCACCGUUUGGGCACGAUACGGCUGCAUUACCAGGUUGAAACCAACAAAGACGCCUUCGAUCAUGUCGGGACAGAGGAAAGGAGCCGCGGCUCGGCUGCCUAAAUGUGCCUUCUGCAGAACCAACCGGGACAAGGAGUGCGGGCAGCUGCUGGUGUCUGACAGCCAGAAGGUGGCAGCCCACCAUAAGUGCAUGCUUUUCUCCUCUGCACUGGUCACAUCUCACUCAGACAGCGACAACAUUGGGGGAUUUUCCAUUGAGGAUGUUAAAAAAGAGAUCAAGAGGGGAAAUAAAUUGAUGUGUUCUUCAUGUCACCGGCCGGGUGCUACUAUCGGCUGUGAUGUGAAGACAUGCCGAAGGACGUAUCAUUAUUACUGCGCUGUGAAGGACAAAGCCCAGAUCAAAGAAAAUCCCUCACAAGGCAUUUACCUUGUUUACUGCCGCAAACACCGGGAUGCGUCACAAGAUGGCAUUCAAGAUGAAGAGGAAGCUGUGACCAACGAUUCAGACUCCUCACCUCCACAAAGUCGUGGCAGAGGCAGGUUUGAAAAGGGGAGAGCUAAGGCAGGAUCUCGUGGCCAAUUAGAAGACACGCGUUCCACCUCCUCGCAGGCUGCAGACGAGGAGAGUUCCUCUCAUCGGGACAGAUCUCCCCUUCGGGCCAGUCCUGCAGACAGCGGCCAGCGCUGUGGUUUCUGCCACGCUGGGGACGAGGAAAACGAAACAAGAGGCAUGCUUCACACAGAUAAUUCCAAAAAAGUGGCUGCACACUACAAAUGCAUGCUUUUUUCAUCGGGGACAGUCCAGCUGACCACCACAUCGCGGGCUGAAUUCGGGAACUUUGAUGUGAAAACAGUCAUCCAGGAAAUCAAGCGAGGAAAAAGAAUGAAAUGUACACUCUGCACCCAGCUGGGUGCAACCAUCGGCUGUGAAAUCAAAGCAUGCGUGAAGACCUACCACUAUCACUGCGGCCUGCAGGACAAAGCCAAGUACAUUGAAAACAUGGCACGAGGCAUCUACAAAUUAUACUGUAAGAACCACAGUGGCAACGAGGAGAGGGAUGAGGAGGAUGAGGAGCGGGAGAAUCGCAGAGAGAGGGCGGCAAUUGACCACAGAGGAACACAAAUGAAUGGAAACUAGGUUGUCCUGUUACAUGUGACAAGGGAGAAGAACGGAAGAAAUAAAAAGACGGAGAGAGAAUUUGCUAUUCCACACCUUACAUUCAAAGUCAUGGUCUCCAAACUCCUCCUUUGCACGGUUUCUUCCGGUACAUGGGCAGGAUGUCCCACUGAGUAUCAUGCCUUCGUCAUGACGCCCUGUUCUGAGUUGACCGGAUGAGCUUUUCACAGACUGGUCAUGCUCUGCAGAGCACAGGGCGGCUGCAGGAUCAUGACAAGCCAUGGCAAAUCAAAAGAUGGUUUCAAAUACAUUUAUUACUGCCAGGAAUAAAACCUGGCAGACUGGUGGUUUGAUUGUGUCUUUCUGCCCAUAUCCCCACAGAUUACAUGGCCCACACUGAAACCCAUACAUUCUUCCUUAGCUUCUGAAGGACCUGCUUUUGAGAGGGGUCUGUUUGUUACUAGUCUCUAUAAAAUUGUUGUUUCUGUAACCAUGUCUUAAAGAAUACUCUUUUCAUGUUAGCCUUUCUUUCUUGAUAUGUAAUAUUUUGCUACUGUCUUAUCAUGAUGAGUAAUUUUGAAUAUUUGGAUUUCAAACAGUCACAGUUACAAGUUUUGCCAGCAUGCACUUGGAUUUUCCCACUGUUAAAGGUGGCAUUUUUUUUAUUUAGCUACUAAGGAGCAAGGUAGAGCUCUUUACAGGAGUUGGCUGACUUUGUUUGAUGUACUGUUACUUGUAUCUCUACAAAUGUAUCCACGAAUGAUUGGAAAUAGAAAUAUUUUAUUUUACACAUUUA